UUCCGGCGUCUUGGCAAGCUUUUAAACGGACUCCCAUCAGCCUGUCUGGUAAUGCUUCAUUCAUUCCUUUUGACCUGGUUAAAUGUGACGUGUUGACAUUUUUUUGACAAGUCUGCAGCGUCUAUGCUGUAAAAAAUGUAAACUCAAUUUACUGUAUUCUCUGAACAGGUAUUCAUGGCUCCUUCCCAAGCUGUGUGCGUGUGUCUGCUACUAUUGACUGAGCUUCCGGCUUCCUGCCAUAAGUGCAUCUUUGACAAAGUCCAAGCUCGAGUCCGAGUUGUCCGAGGCACAAUGAGUCCCCCAGACGGACCCCCUGGCCACCAAAAAACCCUGCAAAAUCCAACAGGAAAGGACGAUCCGACAUUCUUUACCUCACCUCAGCCAAUUAGAAUCCAGAGCUGGCUUUCCAGGGAGAGCGAUCACUUGUCAGAGUGGGAGAAAGGACGAAUGAUGGCGACGGUGGACGAGGCUUUGAGGAUGAUGACCUCUUUGCUGUCAGGUGCUAAUCUUCUGACUACUAACACACAAACAGGAAGACUAACAGUCCCUUUUCUAACAGUGCAGCGAGCAUCUACCCCGCUGCUUCUGAGGAGGGACGUCACCAAAUACUGCAAGUUUCUUUGGAAGAAUUCAAGCACUAUCAACUACAACAGGUGUGGCAGGGCCAACGGCAAGUACAGGACUGAGACGUGUCUGCAUGUGACGAUCCCAGAUGAGCACCUGGCCGGGUGUGAAGUUCUCCCUGAGGCUGAUUCCACUCGUCGGAUCGUUCUGCGACCACACGGCACUGGCUUACCCAAUGUGGAUUUCCUGCUUUAUCUCCACAUUCAAGCCGCCGACAAGUGCAGAGCGGAGGUACCAAGCUUGUUGGCCUACGCUGCCCACUGCCAGGUGGACACUCGUGGGCGACCUUUGGCUGGCGUGGUGGUCAUCUGCCGAGAUCGACUGACAACACUUACUGUACCGACUGUUGUCCAUGAGCUGUUUCAUGCCCUCGGCUUUUCCAAGGAUCUCUUCCACACAUGGACAGACUGUUCCUCCCAGCAAGUGGGUGCCCACUGUUCUCCUCGGGGCAAAGUGACUCACAGUGAUGGAUCAGGCCAGAUGAGAAUCUACACCCCUUCUGUUAUCUCAGCCCUGCAGAUGCACCUGGGAGCUGUUGAUCCUGAGCUGGGAGGGCCGCUUGAGAACUUUGAUGUACCUGCAGGCGGCGUAUCCUCUCACUGGGAGGCCCGAGUUCUGCAGGGGUCUAUCAUGUUGGCGGUGCGAGACCGUUCUAGUUCAGUGCACAUCGACCCGGUCACCUUGGCUGCUUUUAAGGACACCGGCUGGUACACUGUAAACAUGAGCAAGGCUCAAAAUCUGGUCUGGGGACAAGGUGGAGGUGCCAUGUUUGGUUCCACAUCCACCUGUAUGGAAAACAGCUCAUCUUUUUUCUGCACUGGAAGUGGACUAGGCUGCCAUUACUUACAUCUCCACAAGGGAGAGUGCCAGACUGAUCCUCUCCUGGAUGGAUGUCGGUUAUACAAAGAGCUCAAAAAUGGAAGCGAGUGCUGGAGCCAAGAAAACGAGAAGAAAUCACCAGAAGAGAUCUUUGGCUUGGACAGUCGAUGUUUCUUCUCCAGCCUCACUCCGCAUGUAAGUACCAAGGAUGCUAAGAGUAAAAGUUGUGAACCUAUUCUAUGUCUUCUGUCUCAGAACCAGAGUCAGCUCCUUGUGUCGGGACGCUGUUACAGACACCGAUGCACUGCUCCAAACAGCUACCAGAUCCAGGUGCAGGACUCGGACUGGCUCGACUGUCCAGCAGGGGGCAGCGUUCAUAUGAGAGGCUAUCAGGGUUCAGUUUUUUGCCCUGACAGGAGGUUGUGUCUGUAUUCAGAUGUCGCUCCACCCUCUCAGGCUGAGAACAUUCCGGUUUUCAUCCCAAGGGGUCAAACCAGUGAUCUGGAUGAUGUUUCAGUCCAGGAUGAUGCUUGGUCAGCCUACUUCCCUGCUGCAGCGACAACACUUUGCUGCCUUUCAGCUGCAGCGUGUCUGCUGGGGGUCCUCAAGCUGGCAUACUGGAGAUGUCACACCCGCUGUUGGGCUAGGAUUCAUGCAGCCUCAGGCGACGUUUAGUCACAUAACACCACCUCUUCGCUCUUUGAUUAUCAUUAAAUCUACCAAAGAAGCACCCAGAAUAAUUGACUGUUUUAGUGAUCUUUGGAAAAUAGAGGCAUUAUGUUUUUCUUAUUUUUUUUCAGGGAAUAAAAAUGUCAAUGUUUGUGUAUGUAUGAACAUAUAAAUGUAUUAUUCAUA